AUGUCAAUACGAGCGAUCUCCCUACGUCGUUUACCUCGACAAUCAUCCUCCUCAAUCCUCCGACCAUUACUAUCCCGAUUUUACGCCACCCCUCAAUCGCCCAAACCAUCUCGAAACCCACCGCCGCCUGCUGGUCUGGAAGGCUUGUUCGGUGGCAGAGGCGGUACGACCGUCGCUCCCAAACCACCAGGAUCGGAACCCCCUUCAGGACCUUCGGGACCUAAGAAACCCGAUGUCGGCUUACCAGGUUUAGGAGGGGAAGAACAGCAGAGACCUGAAGACCAGAGAGAACCCCCCAAGGAUGAGGAACCAAAGAGACAGAAAUUGAGUGAACAGCUGGGUGGCAAAGCUGGUAAGAAGGUCGGGUUGGGUGGGAAUGGUGGAUCGGGCGGAUCGGGUGGAAGUGGUGGACCAAGUGGUGGACCUAAUGGUAUGCCAGGUGGAUUUGGAGGUAUGACACCCAACCAACUUCUUCUUGCUGCCUUGUCGACCUAUGCUCUUUGGAGUAUCACUCAACCAGAUGAUGUGAGGACCAAGGAAAUCACAUGGCAGGAAUUCCGCAAUUCCCUCCUUGCUAGAGGUUUGGUAUCUUCCCUCGAAGUAGUCAACAGAAGCAAGGUCAGAGUGCAUCUGCACAGUCCCUUGAAUUCUUCAUCAUCUCCUCAACCGAAUGCUACUGGCUCCUCCAAUCUCCCUUCACCCGAUCACGGCCCAGCUCCUUACACGUUCACCAUCGGAUCUCUAGAAGGAUUUGAGUCUCUCCUUAUCUCCACUCAGGACGAACUUGGUAUCCCCGCCGCAGAGAGGAUACCAGUAUCGUACAGAGAAGAGAUCUCAACCUUCCAAACCAUCAUGCACUUUGCUCCUACCCUUCUUAUCGCUGGUCUUUUGCUCUGGAUGGCUAGACGAGGUGGAUCAGCGAUGAGUGGUGGUGGCCCAGGUGGCGGGAUUUUCGGUGUAGGAAAGAGUAGAGCGAAGAUGUUCAACAAGGACGAGCAGGUUAACGUCAGAUUCAAGGAUGUAGCUGGUAUGGACGAAGCCAAAGAGGAAAUCAUGGAAUUCGUCAAAUUCCUUAAAGAACCGGCCAAGUACGAGAAGCUCGGUGCUAAAAUCCCUCGAGGAGCUAUCCUCUCUGGUCCUCCUGGUACUGGUAAAACCCUCUUAGCUAAAGCCACCGCUGGUGAAGCCGGUGUGCCCUUCUUGUCAGUAUCCGGUUCUGAAUUUGUGGAGAUGUUUGUCGGUGUCGGUCCGUCCAGAGUCAGAGAUUUGUUCGCCAACGCUAAGAAGAACGCACCGUGCAUCAUCUUCGUCGAUGAGAUCGAUGCGAUUGGUAAAUCUCGUGGAAAGGGCGGAUCUUUUGGUGGAAAUGACGAAAGAGAAUCAACUUUGAAUCAGUUGUUGGUCGAGAUGGACGGUUUCGGUACCAACGAACAUGUGGUAGUAUUGGCCGGUACCAACAGACCCGACGUAUUAGAUAACGCCUUGAUGCGACCUGGAAGAUUCGAUAGACACAUUGCGAUUGAUCGACCCGAUAUCGGAGGCAGAAAACAGAUCUUUGGUGUUCACCUUUCUCCCCUUACUCUCUCGACGGAACUCAAGGCUGAAACUAUCGCUGAAAAAUUGGCUUUACUAACUCCUGGAUUCUCCGGAGCGGACAUUGCGAAUGUAUGUAACGAAGCUGCUCUGCGAGCUGCUAGGCGAGGUGGAGAUGCCGUUACGGAAGAAGAUUUCGAUGGCGCGAUUGAAAGAGUUAUCGCUGGUUUAGAAAGAAAAUCGAGAGUGUUGGGUAAAGAUGAGAAGAAGACUGUCGCGUAUCACGAAGCUGGACAUGCUGUCUGUGGUUGGUAUUUGGAACAUGCCGAUCCACUGCUGAAGGUUUCGAUUAUUCCUAGAGGUGUCGGUGCAUUAGGAUAUGCUCAGUAUUUACCAAAAGAACGAUUCUUGUUCUCGACUCAACAGCUGCUCGAUCGAAUGUGUAUGACACUCGGUGGAAGAGUAUCAGAAGAGAUCUUCUUUGGACGAAUUACAACCGGUGCUCAAGAUGAUCUACAGAAAAUCACCAAGAUGGCCUUUGAGGUUUGUGCCAAUUACGGUAUGAACCCUGAGAUUGGACCUAUAUCCUAUGGUGGAAGGGAUCAACAAUCUGAAGGAUUCCAAAAACCUUUCUCUGAAGCUACUGCCGAAGCGUUAGACAGGGCAGUUAAGAAGAUGAUUAUUGAUGCUCACACCCGUACGACUGAACUUUUGACAAAGCACAAGGAAGAUGUGGAGAAGGUUGCGAAGCUGUUGUUGGAGAAGGAGGUGAUAACGCGAGAGGAUAUGAGAUUGACCUUGGGUCCUAGACCAUUUGAGAACAAAGAUGAGAUGGAUGAAUACAUUGAAGCCCAGUUGGAUAAACAUCACAAGGAGAAGACAGAGAAGGAACAAGCUGAACAAACCGACGGUCCUACUCCUCAAUUAGCAUACAAGCCUAUUGACAUUAACAAAGUCGACUAA